ACAGCACGUCAGGAUUUACCCAAGGGACGUGAUUAUGAAGUUUGAAAUCUAUUGGUUGUUUUGAAAUUAAACAAAGACAUUUUUUAAAAAGAGUUAGCGCCAGAGAAUUGGCGGGUGUAAGAAAGUAACGCCAGUCGAUAAAAUAAUGUCCUUUGUAGACAGUCACGUUUCUAAGAGCUCUGUUUGAAAAGCCUUUGUAAUAUGUUUCAUGCUCAUUAAUUUGUAAUUUGUACAUAAACUGUACUUACGUUGUAUUUGAAUAAAGUUCCAGAGUUUUGUUUUAUCAAAGAAUCGUUAAUUGUGAUUCUAGAUCGUCAUUUUUUGCAACUAUUGAAUUCAAGUAAAAUCCCCGGCAUAACAACACAUCGUACCAUCCAAAUGUUGUUACAUCUGGCACUCUCCGACGAACAAAAGUUCAUGGACAACUUUUAACGAAAUUUAUUCAAGAUCUAGGACCAAUUUCUAAACUCUUCAAAGGAACUUCAUUCUUAUUUAACGGAGGACAGAAUUUCUGUGUUUAACAGGUCAGUUGGUUAUCGAUAAUUCUUUUAUAAAGAUUUUCGUUAGAGUUACGUCUAACUCACGAAAUCUUACUAUAUGUAAUUGGCAAAAGGAAUAAGACCAAUAUACAUAAUAACGGGCAUUAUUAAAAGACCAGUAAAUCAAAUAACUGGCAUUAUAAAAAAGACCAGUAAAGCAAAUAACUGGCAAUAUAAAAGACCAGUAAAGCAAAUAACUGGCAUUAUAGUCAUUACAAAGAAGACCAGUAAAUAAUCAUUUGUGCAGCACAAAGUAAACAGAAGACCAGAUUUAACCAACUGUUAAACCAGAAAAAAAAAAAAGUACUCGGCUCAAUAGAUCCAUACAUCUACACUUCCUACAACGACUCCAGUAGUACUUCUACUGUAAAACAAAGUUCUACUUCAUAGCCAGUUACGGCAUAACUAACAUUGAUUUGUUAUAUUCAAAACGUUACUAUAUUUCUACAUUCCAAGUUGGUAUAUUUUUCAACAUGUCUCCAAAGACAAGAACACAAAGAUGGUUAGAAUUAUUUGACAUAGCUAAAGAAAAACAAGUACCUAAACCAGAAGAAUGGGUUCAUCGACAGGAAGAAAAAGAAUAUCAAGCAAAAGUACAUUGUAACAUGACUUUAACAACAGACAUAAUAGGUGAAGCCAUAGCUUUAGCAGAAAAACUCAACAUUCCUUCACAUGAACGAGAAAGAUGGUUUGAUAAUAAAUUAGCUGAGUUCGACAGAGAAAACGACAGAAGACGGCAAGAAGAACUAAAACGAGAAUUAUUAGAAUUGAAAAAUACCGAAUUCAAAGCUGAACAAAAGAAUGAUGCAACAUUAACAAGAAUAUACCAGAAAGCUCAAUUAAGAAAGCGUACAGCAUAUCUCGAAGAUGGAUUUCUCAAGAAGAUUACUUUCCACAAGUACAAUGUCAUUGAACAAAUAUAUGUACCAAAGAAGUUCAGAAAACAAAUAAUUAAAGCAAAGCAUAAGUUUUAUGACACUAUACAUAUGAGUGUAACAAGUACUAAGAAGAGAAUUGCCAAAGAAUAUUAUUGGCCUAGCUUGACCAAAGAUGUCAAGAAAUACAUUAAUAAAUGUUUACAUUGUCAAUGGGAUCAUUAUGAGAAACAAACUCAAAAGAAAAGCAACAUAACUAAAACAAAGAAUGAACCAGACUACAAAGUCAGAAUUGACAACAAUGAAUCUAUGAAUCAUGACUCAAGCAAAUCUAAAGGGACAUCACUGCCUACUACAUGUCCACCCCUACCUGUUACUAUAUGUCCAUCCCUACCUGCUACUAGUUCUACAUGUCCAUCCCUACCUGACAAUACAAGCCCACCUCUACCAAGUACUUUCCCAUCCCUAACCACUGAUGAUGACUUCAUACAUCAAGACUUGAAUAAGACUGCAUCUGCAUCAAAUACUAUGAUAGGCAUUGAACAUUUUUGCUACAAUCAAGACAAGUCUCAUGAACCAGAACCAGAAGCAGAAAUUAAAGAAACUUAUACUCAAUCAACUUUGGCUAUACCAGACAAAAGUGAAACUGUUCAAUCUGACUCUAUCACUCAUACAAGUAUUCCUCAUUUGAAAGAAUAUGAGUCAACUAACGAAGCCAUUACAACAAAGAAUAUUGAAAGUCAAAGAAUAGUACAUGAACACAUGAAAUCAAGACAGUUUGAUCAAGGAGAUAAAGUCAAAUUACUGUUACCAGAUUUCAGUAACAAACUGUUUUACAAAUGGCAAGGUCCUUUCCACAUCAUCAGAAAGAUUUCCAACCUGCUUUAUGAAAUCAACAUCAACAAGUCAACCAAAGUAAUUCAUGUUCAUAUGUUUGAACAUUACCAUGAAACAGAUAAUGAAGACAUCAAAGCAGAAGCUGAACAUUUUACAAGCUUAGCAACUAUUCCUGAGGAAGAAGAAGAAACAUCAUCAACACCCAUUCCUGAGAUAGAUGUUUCAUUACCAGCAUCAAAUCAAAUUGACAUUCCAAAGGUCAUCACUCUGGAUGACAUAGCAGCAUCAAAUCACAUUGACAUUCCCAAGGUCAUCACUCUGAAUGACAUAGCACUACAAACAGUGAAGAACAUUAAAGUGUUUACAGACCAUGCAGAUUUCUUUACCAGUGUUUCUGAGACAUUUCCAGUACUGCAAUUUGAAAGAAACCCAGAGAGCAACAACAUUGACAACACCAAGUUUCAUCCUCCGUCCACUCAAGGGGCAACUUUUCUUCAGAAAGGAACAAAUGAACUUCUUCAACAUUGCUGUAUUGACCGAUUGAACUCAGACAUGUUCAGUCAUUGCUCUAUUGAACAUUCUAAUGCAAAGCAUUCUGCUACCAUUGUUCUACAGCGUCAAAGUUCAUCAACCAGAAAAUUGAGUUUUGGUUUCGGACAGUUCUUAUUUUCACCAAACUCAAACGCGGUUCAAUCAGAAAGUAUCUGUGAGAUCAAUAUGACAUGGAGACAACAGCUUCAUAAACUGAAAGACCUUUUCUUCAAGUUUAGAAAAUGCACAUCCAUGUCGGCAAUUCAGAAGGGUUCCGAACUUUACAUUUCUACUCUACAUAUGUACUAUAGCAUAUUUAGUGCCACUUGAUCCAUUAUCAUUCAUACUCGUCAAGGAAGAACAGUAUUCAGUUGUACUUAAUCAAUUAAUUUGUCAACUCAUUUUUUUCCACAGGUAUUCUAUAUCAGAUGUUUCAUUUAUUUUUCAGCACCAAGCAACCCACUGAGGAAGGUCACUCAUUCAAGAUACUUUGUUUAUUAUGUUUCAGCAUCUUUGCAUAUGACAUGCAUCAGACAUUUUAAUUUUUAAAUCAUGAGCAUUUUAUUUAGGUAUUUUAUUUCAGGUCGAAUAUUAUUGCAUAUAUCCUAUUAUAAUAGUACAGAUACAUGACAGACAAUUGGAAUUUUUCAUUGCUUCACACAUGUUAAGAUUGAUCACAUUGAGUAUUAUUUUCUCAGAAGAUUGUCAUGUACUAUCACAAUUAUUUUUUCUAUGUCAAUUUUUCAUAUGCAAUAUAUUUUUCCAUGUACACAUUUUCACAUUAGUACUAACCAAAUGAGUUAUAAUGUCAUAUUUUAAUUUCAUCAUAAGGCACCAUGAAGAGAAGUAACCUAUUCAAUUCAAGAUUUAAUUUAUCCAAGUAUUAUGCUUUGUACAACUUUUGAUAUUGUUCAUGACAAGCAUUGUCUCAUUUUCAUAACCACUUGAAUAGUGAAAUAGGUGUUCAAAGUCAUCUAUAAUUUUAUUCACUGCAUUUACAUUUUUUUUAUUAUUGUUGUUAUCUCCAAGUUGACUUUAUUUUGUCAUAUGUUACCUCAACCAUUUUUCUAUAAUUUCAUGUAUGGUAUUUUGUGUAUAUUUAAAUAAUUUUAAUACAUAUGAGCAUUUCUAUUACCAUACAAAUGCUAAAUGGAGGGGGGGGGGUAAUAUGUCACAGAUUACAUUAUAGAAUUGUUUGUACAUUUCACUUUUAAAAGAAAAUAUAAGCCCUCGACAUGAGCCUCGGGAUUUACCCCUCAAAUUUAGACACUUGACAGCACGUCAGGAUUUACCCAAGGGACGUGAUUAUGAAGUUUGAAAUCUAUUGGUUGUUUUGAAAUUAAACAAAGACAUUUUUUAAAAAGAGUUAGCGCCAGAGAAUUGGCGGGUGUAAGAAAGUAACGCCAGUCGAUAAAAUAAUGUCCUUUGUAGACAGUCACGUUUCUAAGAGCUCUGUUUGAAAAGCCUUUGUAAUAUGUUUCAUGCUCAUUAAUUUGUAAUUUGUACAUAAACUGUACUUACGUUGUAUUUGAAUAAAGUUCCAGAGUUUUGUUUUAUCAAAGAAUCGUUAAUUGUGAUUCUAGAUCGUCAUUUUUUGCAACUAUUGAAUUCAAGUAAAAUCCCCGGCAUAACAACCCAUCGUACCA